AUGAGCAAUCGUAGCCAUAACAUUAUCACACUAGACCGAAAAGCAAAACGUUCAAAAGCCGAUCCUGAUGCUAUAAUGAUUGAAUCUGAAGUCAAAUCGUCUAGUAGCAGCACAUCAAACGAAGAUACGGAUAUGGCUAGUAAUGAACAUGGAAAUGAAGAAGAAAACGAAUCUACAGCAUAUGAAAUGCUGGUGAAGGACUCUAUACUGCAGCGAUGGUCAGAGGAUGACGAUGGGACUCUCAAAAAGUAUCUGACAAUAAUUGGGAAGGCAAAGGAGUUUCCUGAUGCGAAAGCGGUCAAUUUUCGUCAAGAGGUGAUAUGUGAUGCGGUCGUGGCUGCUUUUCAGGGAAACCAAGAGAUGAUCUCAGAAGCAAAGAGUGCGAACGAGACUGCCACAGCCCUUGCUAUUACGUCGUUGAAUUUUCUCAAGCAUCAACAGGAACGACUGAAAAUUGAAAAUGAAAUGCUAUUGUACGGUUUUCUUCUCACCGUGUGCAUGAAAGUCUUGGAGGAGUACUACAAGAGGAAAAGCGAAGCCCAGAAACAAUCAGCGAACAAGAAUAUCGACAAUCAACGUGUCAACCUAUUUCAUGACGACCUCCGAAAGCAUGAAGAUCCAAAUAACGUUGUUUUCAACUUUUGCAAGCAUUUGAAUGGACAAAUUGCUCAAUGGGGAGGUACCGAUACCUACUACGCAGGCUACACUGUAUUAUUUCAGUCUUCGGGUAUGGGCAAAACUCAUCUGAUCUUCAGUUCGCUCAAAUCCAAGAUAUUUGGAGUCUACUUAUGCUUUCGACGAUCUACAGACGGCAGGACAUAUCCACCUCGGUCCCCAGUUAUGAACUGGUUGAUUCAAUCAGAGGUAGAAGAUGGCAAUACAACGUCGCUUUUUCAAUCUUCUGCACUAGCAGCGGGAACUUUACCCAGCGCCAAGACUACUCGCCACAUGCUGCGCUUUCUAGCUGUCAUGCGAGCGACGCAGGAGCUUUUCGAAAGCUGGUUUGAUGAGUGGAAGAAAGAAAAAGAAAAUCCACCAACUCCUGAGGAUUGGUUCAAUCAUCAAAAAGGGGGGGAAGAAACCGAUUUCCUUGUCUUUCAAACAAAGUUAAAGAAUCGUGCUAACGUAGUAUGGGAGGAAAGGCGCUUUGAGAACCAGGCUGGAUCGAAAGAUGGGUUCGAAGAUAAUUUCAUCUUUUUCAUGGAUGAAGGAAGGACAUUGUUGGAAGAGAAUAUUUUCCGCGAUGUUCGACGUUGCUUUUGCAAAGGCUAUUUUUCAACUAGACACCUAGACUCUUCUGCACGGGCAACGUCGGUAAAUCAAGGAUAUCUGUUGCCUCCAUUUUACUUUGUCAACUGCUUGGAUCUAUUCAUUGACAGCAACAACAACAACGAAUUAUCAAAAUAUGGCCGACCGCUUUGGCAUGCUUAUGAAAUGUUCCUCCAGAAAAAUAAGAAUCGAUUGACAAUGGCAAACCUUCUUCAAUUUGCAAGAUUUAAACUUCUCAGAUCUGAAAAGCUCCUAGCAAAGCUCGAUGGUGACCAUAAAAAGGCAGCUGCGAUUGCAUGUUUGGCAUGCCGAGCCGCACUUCGUAUUCACCCUGGACGCCGCUUUGCUUCCGAGCUGGUGGGCGGUCAUAUGGCCGUCUGCUCACAUGUGUACAACGAUCGAGAAGCCAUUCUCAUUAAUUACCCUUCUGAACCUAUACUUGCUGAAGGGAGCCGUUCUGCGUUGCUUGGACCAGAAGCAGACUUUUCUGGUUGGAAGACCAGUCUGGAGCAGUUACAGCUUGCGAUCCAGGAAGCAGAUGUUGAUACAGGAAAAAUUGGUGAAUUGAUCCACAGAAUAGUGCUCUUGCUAGCGAUGGAUAUGGCAAAGAUGGAGAUGGCUGGCCGUUCCAAACACAAGGGAGUCAGUGCCUAUGACUUCCUGAAAGUCCUUGUGGGAGAUUCAAUUGACGCAAGUGGUAAUGGUGGAACACAGAUUGAGAACCUAAAGACAAAAUACGUUUGGUUCAAUCAUUUCCUCCCUUUAUAUUACGUCCCUGACGCCAGCGCGUUCGAGCAGAUUGCAAGAAGACGCGCAGCUACGGUCUGCAAGCCUGGUCAAAAUGGAAUUGAUCAUGAGAUUCCGCUGAUGGAUGCUACUUAUUCAAAUGUUGUUGGCACACUCGCAAUCCAAACAAAGAAUGUUGUAAGCAAACAUGACUCCGACUACCCCGCAUCAGCAGGCUGGAAAUUGGGCCGGGAAUUUGCCUUUCAUGGCAGUGAUCGUGAUGGGUCCUCAGACUCCGCUAGUGACUUCUACUACUUUGCUCUGUACCAUAAUAUUGGUUAUCAGCGUUCCCAUGGAACGGAAUCGUUUGAGUGCGAGCAAAUAGAACCAUCCACUCAUGCACACGUAUGGACAUGUGGGCAUGGGCAGAGAGAUUGCUAUUCUCCGAUUGGGCUGAAGAUGGUUGGGUUGGAUCUGCCACUGUUUCAAUCAACAAAUGAAAAGCUUUGCUCAAAUGUAAAGCAGAUGCAAAAAAGCUUGAAGCAAAUGCGGGACCAAGGAAGGAGCCCCAUUGCCCACUUUACAGAUGAGAUGAAAACAAGUAUUCGACAGCUUACACCCCUGGCAUAUGCCAGAGUGCCAGCGCCUGAUGCCUGA